UGAACGAUUCCCUGCACGUUUUUUCCGUCGAUAUAGAUUCCCUGUACAAUUUUCCGGCGAUAUAGAUUUCCGAGAAGAAGAUGGACAGUAGUUCAAAUGAAGAGUCUGAUUUUAGCGAUUCAGAUAUUAAUGAAUACACAGAGAAACCAUAUGAAGGACUGAGAUCUGGUGAACUUAAGGUUAAGCAUGUGAAUGGAUUCCUCAGGUGCCCAUUUUGUACAGGAAAGAAGAAACAGGAUUACAAAUAUAAAGAUCUGAUGCAACAUGCAUCUGGAGUUGGUGUAGGUUCAAAAAGUAGAAGUGCUAAACAGAAGGCAAAUCAUCUUGCACUUGCAAAGUAUUUGCAAAUAGACUUAGCCCAUGAAGCAGAGGAAAAGCCGAGACGAGUUGAGAAACCUGAGAAGGAUGAACUAUAUUAUUGGCCUUGGAGUGGAAUAGUAAUGAAUAUUUCAAGUGAACCAAAAACUGGAACAGAUAGCAGUGACUAUUGGGUAAAUUUGUUCUCUAAGUACAAGCCUGUAAAUGUUCAGAUCUUUUGGGAUGAAAACCAUGUAAAGGGCCAAGCUGUUGUAACCUUUGAUAACGAUUGGGUUGGUUACAGGAACGCUAUGGAGUUUGAGAAGUCCUUUGAGGCUUAUCGUCGUAGUAAGAAUGAGUGGAAAGAUGAUGAAGAUGUUUUGGGAUCAAAUAUCUAUGGGUGGGUUGCACGUGCAGAUGAUUACAACUCCCAAGGUCAGAUUGGAGAUUACCUUCGUAAAAAGGGCGAGUUGAAAACUGUAUCUGUCGUUGUGCAAGAUGAAUCUCAUGGUAGACUGCUGAUGGUUGAGAAUCUUGCCAUGGAGAUUGAGGUUAAAAAUGAAUAUAUCAAUCAAUUGGAGAUGAAGUAUGAACUGUCUACACUGUGUGUGAAUAGAAUGCUCGAGGAAAAAGAUAGAUUGCAUCUUGCUUUCACUGAAGAAACAAAGAAGAUGCAGCACCUUUCACAAGAGCAUGUGCGUAGGAUUUUAGAUGAGCAGGAGAAGAUGAAACAUGAACUGGAAGUUAGGAGGAAGGAACUUGAUACAUGGAACAGAGAGUUAAACAAACGUGAAGCUUUGACUGAUCGCGAAAGACAGAAAUUGGAUGAUGAGAAGCAAGAGAAUACAACUAAAAACAAUUCACUUGAAAUGGCAUCCUUGGAGCAGAAGAAGUCUGACGAGAAUGUCUUGAGAUUGGUUGAAGAGCAUAAGAAAGAGAAACAGGAGGCAUUAGCUAAAAUUCUUGUACUGGAAAAACAACUGGAUGCCCAACAGAUGCUAGAGAUGGAAAUUGAAGAUCUGAAAGGUAAAAUGCAGGUGAUGACCCAUCUUGGAGAUGACGAUGACGAGGCUUUACAAAAAAAGAUCAAAGAGUUGAAUGACGAACUGGAACAAAAGCAAAAUGAGAUGAUUGAUCUAGAGGACCUAAAUCAAACCCUGUUGAUCAAAGAAAGAAUGAGCAAUGACGAAGUACAAGAAGCUCGUAAAGAGUUUAUUAAGGAUCUUGAAGAGUCGAUGGGUAGUCGUGCUAGUAUUGGGAUUAAAAGAAUGGGAGAGAUUGAUAGAAAGCCCUUCCAGAUUGCUUGCAAAAGAAAAUACCCAUCUUCAGAUGUAGACAUUAAAGCCUUAGAGCUAUGUUCCUCUUGGCAAGAAAAUAUGAAAGACCCUGAAUGGCAUCCCUUUAGGGUCAUUAUGAAUGCAGAAGGAGAACACGAGUUAAGUGUUAAUGAAGAUGAUGAAAAACUGAAAAGUCUAAAGCAAGAACUCGGAGUUGAGGUGUACGAAGCAGUUGUCGUAGCGAUGAAAGAAAUGAAUGAAUAUAAUCCUAGUGGCAGUUAUGUAGUUUCAGUACUAUGGAACUUUAAAGAGAAUAGACAAGCUACACUGAAGGAAGUUAUCGCGUUUCAUAUCAAGAAUCUGAAAGCGGCUAAGCGCAGAAAGAGGACUUGAAGAAAUAAGGUUAGUUUUUGCUGCUGUAACUAUGAAAAAUUAUCUAGUUUUUUUGUUUUUU